GUUUAUAAAGGAAAAAAAAGACGUUUAUGUCGUUUUCUCUGGAUAAUUUUGGUUCAUUUUUUCACCACGUGAUAUCCAGCUCGUGAGCCAGGAUGAAAUCUGAGGGUGAGUUUGCGAACCGUCCGGACAACACGGCCUUCACGCAGCAGCGUCUCCCCGCCUGGCAGCCCAUGCUCUCCGCAGGCAUAGUCAUCCCACUCUUCACCCUCAUUGGCCUGGCCUUCAUCGGCAUCGGAGUUGCGCUCUUCAUCACCUCACAGAACAUCAAAGUGCAGGAGUUGGAAUACACAGGCACUGCGACGAGCUCGCCCUGUUUUCAGUGCAGCGCUCUCUCCACGCAGAACUGCACCUGUGAGCUCAGCUUCUACCUAUCCGAGCUGUUUGAGGGUCCGGUCUUCUUUUACUAUGGCCUGACCAACUAUUACCAGAACUACAGACAGUACGGAGUGUCUAAGGAUGACUACCAGCUGUCUGGAGACACCAAAUACUUCCUGGACCCGCAGUCUUACUGCUCUCCCUAUCGAAACAAUUCCAACGGCACACCCAUCGUUCCCUGUGGAUCCAUUGCAAAUAGCAUGUUCAACGACACAUUCAGGCUGUAUCUGCUGGUUAACGGCAGUAGGAAGCAGGUACCGUUUGAUGGUAAAGGAAUCGCGUGGUGGUCGGAUUACAACAUCAAAUAUAGAAAUCCUUCUCCAGUCAACGGAUCCUUCGCAGCAGCCUUCGAUGGGACGGUGAAGCCCUUAAACUGGUGGAAGCCGGCAUACGAGCUGGACCCGACUGACCAGGCCAAUAAUGGCUUCCUGAACCAGGACUUCCUGGUGUGGAUGAGGCGUGCAGCGCUGCCUAACUUCAGGAAGCUUUACGGGAGAAUAACGGGAGGAGAUUACAGUCAGGGGCUCCCAGCUGGAAACUACACCCUCCAGAUCAGCUACAAUUACCCCGUGCUGAGUUUUGGGGGCACUAAGAAGGUGGUGUUCAGUAACGUCUCCUGGAUGGGGGGGAAGAACCAGUUCCUCGGAAUCGCCUACCUGGUGAUUGGAUCCCUCUGCGUUGUCAUGGCGAUCGUAAUGCUCAUCAUUUAUGCAAAAUACAAGUUCCCUGAUGACGACGAUGCAUAGUGGCGAUAAUGUCACCGUUCUUCAGCUCAUAAUGUGAAAAGUUCAGGUCUCUUCUUCAAGUGAUUUCUCCUAAAGCCAUUAAAGCCCCUUAAAGCUCCUACCUGCUCUCUGGCUCACCUGCACAGGUGUGUUCAGAGCCAAACGUA